UUUCAAAGUACCGAGUUAAUUUUAACAAUUUUUAUAUAUAUUUCAUUAUACAUCCACUGGUUUAAUUUUUUAAACAAGCUCACGCAGCUAUCUAACUCGUAAGAUGACUUCAGCUAUGGAAGUCUUAUGGAAGCAAGCUUUAAAAACAUUUUCCGGUCGCAACAGCGCGAAUUUCAAGCUUUGUCAGAAGAAUUUUGAAAAAUUACGUGCUCUCAUAAAUAACAUAUCUGCUGAGGAUGUGAAAUUAGAAAAACAGGUUCUGGACUUCGUGCAAAUGCAAUCAGCCCCUAUGUGCGUCAUUGACAUAUUUGAAAACCAGGACAUAACCAUUGCUGUUUUUAUAUUGAAGCACGGUGUCACCAUGCCAAUGCAUGAUCAUCCAGGAAUGCAUGGAUUGUUAAAGGUAAUCGCUGGUGUCAUAAAAAUAGACAGCUACAGUAUGCAGUAUGCAGAUGGUGAUCACAUUAUUAAGCCUAAUGAAGAAAUAACAGCAGUCAAGCAUCCAGGAAUAAUUGUCAAAGAUAAUGAUGAUGCAUGUGUCCUUACACCAAGUGAAAGAAAUUUACAUGAAAUAUCAUGUGUUGAAGGACCUGCAGCCUUUUUGGACAUACUAAGUCCCCCAUAUAACGUGGAUGAAUAUGGUAAGGGGUCUCGACUUUGUACAUUCUUCAGAAUAAUUUCGUCCCAGAGAGCCACAAAUUCUGAUGAGAAAACGGAAAAUGUCCAAUUAAUGGUUAUAGAUAGUCCACCAGACUUUUACUCAAGAAGCUUAAAGUACCUAGGACCCCCUUUGAGGUGAUUUUCACUUUCCAGCAUUUUUAAUUGUUUAUAGGACCUUAAGACUAUGAUCAGGACACAACUUUCCUCAUUAGACUUUUUAUAUCUAAAUGAGCGAUUGCAUUGAUACACUUUUAUAAUUGUGAAUUUUAUUAACCAUAGCAAUUUCCAAAUUCUGUUCUAAGAAUUUCUGCUGCAAACUAUUUUUUUCAAUGUUAUAUACAUCACUAAAUAUUUUUCUUUUCGAGACUACAAACAUAUUUCUAUGCUGUCUUUGUAACUAGUAUGAAUAUGCUAUCCUAGUAACCAGUAUGGAUGAAAAGUGUGCUUGAUUGUUCUUCAUUUUAAUAUAUAGUCGUGUACAUUUUUCCAUUCUACCAGUAUUUUAAUAUCAUUCAAUUUCCGGUGAGCCUCAACGUAAAUAUUGAACAUCUUAUUACUGCAUAGAUAGACCUAAGAUAUAAUUAUCUAAACUGUUAAGUACGAUAUUUUCUUGUUAUGUAGUACCAAACAGAAUGAUGGAAAUGGUAGGUGCUACAUAAUUCUUUAAUUCUUGAAGCAUCACAAGAAGUCAAUCCAAAAUGUAAAAAGAAAAUACUGGUGUGUAUGUGAAGUUAGAAAUAGAAUAUUCCUUAUAGGAAAAGCAUUAUGCAACUUUAUGUAACAAUUGUAAAAUCACUUUAUAAGCUGUAAACAUGUAUUAUAAUACUUCAAUAAGGUGUGAAUUUUGAUAAUAACCUGAUUUAAUUUUACUAACCAACGAUAUGAUCCAGGAUUGUGAUCAAAAGUACUUAAGAACAAAUCAGUUGAGAUUUAAAAUUGACAUGAGAUCUAUUACAAAGACUCAAUGUACUUAAUUAGUCUGUAUCAUUUAAAAUAUUGAAAAUCUAUUGAUAUUACUUGAUCACAUUUAUUCGCGCAACGCUUACGGCAUUCGUAUUUGCUCAGCUCCACGAGGACUACCGUGUUAUAUAAAGCAUCCCCUGUAUUAGCAUUUUAUAAAAUCCUAUUUUAUAUAGAUGAAAUUAUAUCCUUGUUUCUCUGAAGAGAGUAUUAAAAAAAUCUAAUUGUUAUUAUCAA